AGGGACAUCAGAUCCCAACCCCCCGGACGUCAGAUCUGAUCUGGUUCAAGACCCCAUUCGACCUCGAAGUAUGGCGUCGAAGUGAGGUCGAGCCGACUCCAACAUGCCCCGCCCACGCCGGGCAGCUGCCCCGACUUCAUUCAUCGAGCCUGAUAUAGACAUAUCUGGCGAGCCCUUUGAAGCGGAACAAGGAGCGGAUGCAGAUUUUCUCGCUCUCUCAUCCCGCCAGCGAACACUCAUCGACCGGGCCUUCGAACGAGGAUUGAAAGCAGCGGGAAAGAAACAGCGUCGUGAAGCGCUCAAGAGUAGAAAGCGAAAACGAAGAGAAACUGUAGUUGUCGAUCUCACUGGAGAUAGCGGUAAUGAGCUUGCUGGAGGGUCCAUUGAAGAUGAUGCAGGGAUUGGUGAAGGAGGAUUUGUGGAUGCUGGAGAUGAUAUUGGAGGGGGAUUUGUCUCCCAAGACGGCGGCGGCUUUGUGAAUGAGGAUGAUGGAGGAUUUGUCGUCGACGACGACGAAGACGAUGACAUGAAAGGAGGCUUUGUCCAAGAACUCUCAAGAGCGGAGCCAGUCGGUCCGAUCGAUCGACUACCCCUCUACAUCCUUCCUGGAAUUCUGACGUCUCUGGGUCUGCCCGCGGAUGAAGACGUCUUGGAAGUAUUCAGAUCUUCCGCAUCGGGAUGGGAAGAGGCCAAUGCGCGGGAACGCAAGAAUGCAGAUGACAAGCAGGAAGGAGGUGGCGUGGAGCUGAAAGAUUUUCGGGCCGUGUGCGCAGCUCUCAUGGGUAAUGAAGGUGAUGGACAAAACGACGAGGAUUUGCAAGGGGACGAUGAGGAGGCCGAUCAAGCUUUCGAAAUCGAGUCGAGUUCCUCUUUGUCCACGCUAUCCGACUCGGACGACGAAUAUGGACAGCCAUCUGUGUCCUCCAAGGGCAAGGGCAAGGGCAAGGGCAAGGCGUCAGCUGGGCCUGGAGCGAGUCUUCGGAGAGGAAAGCAAAAGGCGAAUAUGGACCUGGAGGAGGAUCAACCGAUCAAGUUGACAUCUGGUCAAAAGGAAAUGGUCAAGUCACUCUGGGAGAUGGUCAAGCCAAAUGCGAGUGGAAGAGGGGCGAAUAUCCUGGGACGCGAUGAGGUCAAAGAUUUGGCCAGAGGGCUCAGUGAGAUGUGGUCAGAUGAGGAGAUCACCGAGAUGGUCUCGUUGUUCUCGACGCAGCAUGAGGGCAGAGGCUUGUCAUACGACGACUUUGGCAAAGUCAUGUACAGAGCUGGUCUCGUGUGAUACCGACCAAUGUUGGGCCGCAACCUUAUACUCUAUCAUGCCAGGUCUCACCACUCUUCACUCGCUCGCCGGAUUCAAGAUUGCCCCAUUCCAAAGGCAAUGCCUUGAGUCCGGUCCUUUCCUCUGGCGACAAUGCGCUUUCUUUGGCAAGUGCGAGUGGUAGCUCAGCGACGACCCGUUCGAUGACCUGUUCCGAGGACAACUGUCCAGGUGCGAAGCGAGUAAAUGACGGCGGCGUGCCAUAAGCCAGUGUGGCUGUGUUGAUGAGGCUAGAAAGGGUCAUUCAGCGGACGAUAGCUAGGUCACAUACACGUCGGAUGUGACUCCCUUGAUUGGGGAGUGAGUUGUGCGGAAACGCUAUCAUCAGCAUCAGUGACAAUGGCGACACCCACAUGCAUCCGAUAAGGACCCAUCA